CAAUAUGUACAUACGUAUCAGGUUCCCUUUUUCGUUUCGAUUGAUGUCAAAAUGGCGUAUAUCAGCCGGCGUUUUUCUUCGCAGUUGAGUACAGGUCAACGCGUUUUUAACGCUUUUCGAGAGUGGUAUUUAAAUGCAAGUGGAUACAGACAGUUAGGUUUGCGAAGAGAUGAUUUAAUGAAUGAUGAAGACACACCUGAGUUGACUGAAGCAGUUCGUCGUUUGUCAGAGGAAGAGCGUAACAUGAGAAUGUUUCGUGUUAAACGUGCCCUUGAUCUCUCUAUGAAACAUCAACUGUUGCCAAAAGAGGAAUGGACAAAACCUGAAGAAGAUAUUGAGUACCUUUCUCCAAUUCUUGAGGAAGUCAAGGCUGAAAAGAAAGAGCGUGAAAGUUGGAAUUGGAAGUAAAAACUUUGAGCAUGUUGGAUAAGUAUGAUUGAAAAUAUUCAUGUUGAUAUUAGCAGUGGUACGAAUGAAAUUUUAUUCAACUAUGUUUGAAUAUGAGUUUUGAGAAGGCCGGGUGUCUUGUAAAACAUUUAUUCUUAACCUCAUAUGUACAUCUUCAUCUUGAUUACUGUUAAUGUUACUUAGUAUUUUGUCAAGUUUUUUGUGAAAAUUGGUCAUUUGUGGUCAUAUAUAUAGACAGGGUUUAUUUCAUAAUAAAUUGCACCUGUAUUGUGCAAUUGGAUGAAAUA